GUUAAAUAAUUCCGGACGUAUCAUGCCUUCAGCUUCCAAGAAAAGUAGAUGCAAAAGCUGAACUAUCUCCCAAAUUGAUAACAUAAAGUUUACUAUUGGGAAAUGACAGAAAUUCGGGUGACACCAUUAGGUGCAGGGCAGGAUGUUGGUAGGAGCUGUAUAUUGGUGACAAUUGGUGGUAAAAAUAUCAUGAUGGACUGUGGUAUGCACAUGGGUUACAACGAUGAUAGAAGGUUUCCUGAUUUUUCCUACAUUACAAAGACAGAUGAUGAGAAGUUAACUGAUCAUCUAGACUGUGUUAUUAUAACUCAUUUUCAUUUGGACCACUGUGGUGCUUUGCCAUACAUGUCUGAAAUGGUGGGAUUUGAUGGACCAAUCUACAUGACACAUCCAACUAAAGCCAUCUGUCCUAUAUUAUUGGAAGACUACAGGAAAAUAACAGUAGAGAGGAAAGGGGAAACUAACUUUUUUACGUCAGAAAUGAUCAAGCAGUGUAUGAAGAAAACUGUAGCUGUCAACCUACACGAAGUUAUAAAGGUUGAUGAUGAGUUAGAAAUAAAAGCAUAUUAUGCAGGACAUGUUUUAGGGGCAGCAAUGUUCCAAGUGAGAGUUGGUCAACAGUCCAUGGUAUAUACAGGUGAUUAUAAUAUGACCCCAGAUCGACAUCUUGGUGCCGCCUGGAUUGAUAAAUGUCGGCCAGAUUUACUUAUCACAGAAUCUACCUAUGCUACAACAAUACGAGAUUCAAAGCGAUGUCGAGAGAGAGAUUUCCUGAAGAAAGUACAUUCUUGUGUGGAGAAAGGGGGAAAGGUUUUGAUUCCAGUAUUUGCAUUAGGAAGAGCUCAAGAGUUAUGUAUAUUGUUAGAGAGUUACUGGGAAAGAAUGAACUUAAAAGUACCCAUUUAUUUCUCAUUGGGUUUGACAGAAAAGGCAAAUCAUUAUUACAAGCUAUUCAUUACAUGGACGAGUCAGAAGAUCAAGAAAACAUUUGUACACAGAAAUAUGUUUGAAUUUAAACACAUUAAGCCAUUUGACAGGGCCUACAUAGAGAACCCAGGACCAAUGGUAGUAUUUGCCACUCCUGGAAUGUUGCAUGCUGGUCUUUCACUACAAGUAUUUAAAAAAUGGGCUCCAAACCCUAACAAUAUGAUUAUAAUGCCAGGAUACUGUGUGGCAGGCACUGUCGGCCAUAAGAUUUUGAAUGGUGCUAAGAGACUGGAAAUGGAAAAUAAACAAACUUUAGAAGUAAAGUUGAGUGUCCAGUACAUGUCAUUUAGUGCACAUGCAGAUGCUAAAGGUAUAAUGCAGCUGAUAUCAUGGUGUGAACCCAAAAAUGUCAUGCUGGUCCAUGGAGAGGCUGAGAAAAUGGACUUCUUAAAAAGCAAGAUCCAGCACCAGUUUGGCAUUGAUUGUUUCAAACCAGCCAAUGGAGAAACAGCAGUCAUUCACACAAAGCAUAAUAUACCAGUAGACGUUUCUUUGCCUUUACUCAAAAGGGAGGCUUCAAAAUUAGGAUCUUUACCACCAGAUCCAAAAAGACCAAAGAUAUUUCAUGGUGCCCUAGUAAUGAAAGGAACAAAACUUCAAUUAAUUGAUCCAGGAUUAGCAUUGAAGGAUUUAGGAUUAGAGGAACACAAUCUCAGAUUUACAUCAACAGUCAUGUUGGACGAGGAAGGACAGACGACACAAACAGCAGAUAGAAUAUACCAACUUGUUAAAACAAAUCUAAAAGAAUUUCCUGUGAGUUAUUCCUCUGAUGGGUCUAUUAGUAUAUCUGACUCUGUAUUGGUCCAGGUCUCGGGAGAUGAAGAGUCUAAAUCUGUCUUAGUAUCAUGGUCUCAUCAGGUUAGUAUAUGUAAGGUUUCCUCUGACGGGUCUAUUAGUAUAUCUGACUCUGUAUUGGUCCAGGUCUCUGGAGAUGAGGAGUCUAAAUCUGUCUUAGUAUCAUGGUCACAUCAGGAUGAAGAUGUUGGUAGCUUUCUUCUAAAGUUGUUGAAGGAACAGCUAGACACCUGAGAUGAUGGUAUCUUCAUCAGCUGUUGUAGAGUUGCAUCAUAUCUUUAAAUAGUAUUCUGCAGAUAGUAGGAGUUUCCUGCUGGGAGUAUUGUAGACUAAAGAUUGUGUUUGUGAAAGAGGCCAUGUGAUGGGCCAUACACAUUUAUAAAUACUGAUGGUAUAUUUUGUGUAUAAAGUAUGGCACAUAUAUAAGUGUGGUGUAAUGACAGUGACAAUGUUUAUCUAUGUGUAAUUGAACAAAGGUUCCUUGAUAUUAAAGAGAAAGCUCUAUAAAGUCUGAAAAA